AUGGCACCGCAAAGGAAACGCGAAAAUCGCGAGAAUCAGUUUUACAAUGUUGGUGUGCAAGGAAGGAAAACGGGCAUUACCCUCGCAGACCGAGGCGUAUACGAUGAACAUGGGUUGGAGCCCAUCUCAGGCAUCUUCUCGUCACCCGAGAAGUCACCACCAAAGCGCGGAGACGCUGUGAACGCGUCAGAGUCGAUGGAUAUUCAAGAAAGGCAGCGUCGUGGACAGCGCGCAAACGUAUACGACAUACCUGAAGAUGGAUCUCCUGUGCCACAGACCAGUGCUGUACUUGAAGAGAGCUUCGUACAAGAGGAAAUUACGGCAAAUGAAGACUCGGUGGUAUUCAAUGAAGUUGCUGAGGAGAGCUCCAUCGCGCAAAUUGGAGACGAUACAAUCAACGAUGCGGAAGCUGUGGAAGACCUGGUGGAGCAAGAAGAGUCGGAGCUGGCACCCGAGCCUGUCAAAGAGCCCGCAAGGAGGGGGAGAAAAAGAAAGAGCGAUGUUCUGGAACCAGUCGAAGAAGAGGGCUCAGCUUUAGCAAAGUCGCGCAAGCGAGGGGCAACCUCUGCACAAGCUUCCGAAAUGCAGAAGAAGGAAAAGGGUGUUGCGCCCGCCCCAGCUGCCUCUUCGCGUCGUUCAAAGCGUGUAUCGGACAUGACAGAGCAGACAGACCAAGAUGUCAGUGCUUUGGACGGAGCCCACGAUGCGCCCCCGCCCGCAAAGAAACGAGGGCGACCUCCACGUGCAAAGUCUGAGGCCAAGGGGAAUACAGUAGCUUCGAAACCCAGUAAGGUUGCAGCUUCGAAGGCAGAUGCCAAAGACAAUUUAGUCACUACAAAGAUUACCAAAGGCGCAGCUGCCAAAGCAAAACCGACCGAAGUUUUCAAGAAGCCGCCAAAGCCUGCGCCAAAACCGAAAGAAAAGCCUGUUACGAAGGGCAAGGAAAGGGCUCAUUCGAAUGACCGAGCACCAGAAACUACGGAGGCAGAGGCCGGCAAACUUGUAGAUGUGCAUGGCCACCCUCUCAAUAAGAAGGAUAUUGAGCAGAUGUCUACAAUGUCUACUGGCUCGCGCUACGGACGAGGGCGACAUCUUUCAGUAUUCCGUGAGCUUGAGCCAGAAGCUGUAGCUCGUGUUGGUCGAACGGGUAGGCAUCGGGUUCAGCCCAUCGACUUUUGGAAGAACGACCGAAUCGCGUACGACCCAACUGGUAGCAUGACAUCGAUUGUGAAGAAUCAGUAUGUUGAGCCUGAGCGUAAAGCUUACAAGGCCUCGAGCACCAAGGGCAAGAAGCGAAACCUGACAGCUAUUGAAGAGGAAGAAGUCGAGCUCGAUCCAUGGGAGGAGGAGGAUGGCACUCUGGUUGGCAACUACAGGGACUUUGAUGCAGCUACAGAUGCCACGACAAACGAGGUCCUCGAAGGCCAAAUCGCGUGGGCCCAGAAAGGCAUGCAGCCAGUUGAUGUCCCAGAUGGCUCAUUCCAGUAUACGAAGCUGGCCUCUGCUGGAGAUUUCUUCAACUGGGGAAUUAUCGACCUUCGAGUAGAUCAGAUGAAGCGCACGAAGAAUUCGCGAAAGAUGCACAUGAUCUUUAAUGUGCAAUCUGGCACAGUGGAAGUUAAAGUGCAUGAGAAUGAGUUUACUGUGCACAGAGGUGGCGUUUGGCAAGUUCCUCGAGGUAUGUUGCAUUUUCCUUCUUUUCUUUUACCCCCGCAUGCCGUCCCAGCAUACAGUCUGUAUCUGGGGAAGCGCCGCAAUAUGGAUAGUUCUGCGGCAUGGUCAACAGGAGCCCCUCGCACGCCUGGAAACAAUAUUGCGACAGCGACUUCCCGCUUCCCCGACUGCCUCAAGUAUUGUGCGACGGCCGUCACUUUACACCUGAGUCGCUUAGGGACAUUGCAUGUUCCAACCGCGUAUGAUGUUGCGCAACACGAUGAUUACAACGUCGCACUGCUUGGACAGGGUAAGCGGGAGGCGAGACGAACAACGUGUUCACGUCUCCUGCAGCAAACCGGCACUCAAUGCCGUGUGACAUUACAUGCCGUGCACCUCUCAUCCAACCGCGUCACUCUCCAGCCCCCACGUCUUGUUUUUUUUAUCACACGUUCUCACUCCGCCAUGGCGCGUGAUUACGCGUCUCAUUGGCGCUCGUUGCGCUAUCAAAAAACAUUGAAACUGACCUAUCAUAACAGGCAACACAUACCAAUAUCAAGAACGUCGGUAGCGGGACGGCACGUGUCUUCUUCGCCCAGGCACGCGAAGUUGCUGUCCCGAUCGCGGAGGAGUAGUUUCGCCUCAUUUCCUUUUCAGUCGCAACUCGGUCUUCCCGAAUAG